AGUCGGUAUCUGAAUGCCUUACUGCAGUGUGUAUUGCAGCGAGGAUGCAAUGGGAGUCUAGGAGGAGUUGCACCAAGGUCAAUGCAGCAUCCACUCUAAAACAUAACACCGCGGAUUUGAUUCACUUUCGUACACGUGUGCUGAAAGCGAGAGGACCGUGAAGCGUUUUGAAGAUUCGUUUGCCAGGGCUGAAAGUUGAUGCCUUUUUCCUCUGUAGUGUAUAUAACGUCAGUGAGGCAACUAGCAAGCCAUCCUUCUCCAUUUGUAGCUCUCCGCAUGUCUGGACUACCUUUUCUCAAUUCGGAUGCACUGCGUUUCUGUUGGAGCGAAUCUCCAGACAGUCUUCCUCCACUUGGGUGGUAUCAGGAGUGUUCGCUAACUUUGUCGGAAAUAAUUGGGUUUUAGCAGCAGUGUAGCUUUGCUAUUGUACACGAGUUGUGCUGGACAUUUAGCUAGCUAGGUUUGUCUCUGCAAGCUCGUCCAUUCAUCAGUAAUAUUUGCAAUGUCAGCGCCAUCCUCCACGCCUCCCGUUCAGGAAGAGAAACAGGCGCCAGAAAAUGAGGGACUGACCGUGGAUACAGGUUUGGAGCCCGCCGGCCCGACACCCAGCUCGAGUCGGUUCCAGGUGGACCUAGUGGCUGAAGCAGCCAGCGCCGCUGAUAAAACGCCCAGCACGGAUUCCACGCUUGCAUCUGGCGACAAAGCCACCCCCGAAGGUUCGGAGCCAGCAGCGGGUGGUGAGGCAAAAGGCCGGUUCCGAGUGGUGAACUUUAUGGAUCCCACUGGAGCGAGCCCACCAGAAGUAGUGCCCGCUGAAGGCUUCCAGAAUGGAGACACCGUAAUGAGCGAGGGCAGCCUGCAUUCUUCGACAGGAGGCCAGCACCACUACCACUACGACACCCAUACAAACACCUAUUACCUGAGGACUUUUGGCCACAACACCAUCGAUGCUGUGCCUAACAUAGAUUUCUACCGGCAAAGUGCUGCUCCGCUGGGGGACAAGCUGAUAAGACCCACCCUUUCGGAGCUGCACGACGAACUUGACAAGGAGCCAUUUGAGGAUGGCUUCGCCAACGGGGAUGAGCUGUCACCGGCCGAGGAGGCCGCAGCCAAGGAGGCGGCUGAGCCUAAGGGAGCGGUCAAGUUCGGGUGGAUCAAAGGGGUGCUGGUGCGCUGCAUGUUGAACAUUUGGGGCGUGAUGCUCUUCAUCCGCAUGUCAUGGAUCGUGGGCCAGGCGGGAAUUGUUCUCUCCUGUGUGAUCGUUCUCAUGGCAACAGUUGUGACCACCAUCACUGGCCUUUCGACCUCAGCGAUUGCGACUAACGGCUUUGUACGAGGAGGAGGGGCAUAUUAUCUGAUAUCCAGAAGUUUGGGGCCAGAGUUUGGCGGCUCCAUUGGUCUGAUCUUUGCCUUUGCCAACGCUGUGGCUGUCGCCAUGUACGUGGUGGGCUUCGCCGAGACGGUUGUGGAGCUCCUCGGAAGCGUGGAUUACAUUAUGACAGAUGAGAUCAAUGACAUCCGAAUCAUCGGCACGAUCACCAUCAUCCUUCUCCUGGGUAUCUCCAUGGCAGGAAUGGAAUGGGAAGCUAAGGCUCAGAUAUUCCUGCUGGUCGUUCUGAUUACGGCCAUCUUCAACUACUUCAUUGGCUCCUUCAUCCCACUCAAGUCCAAGGAGUCGCAGGGCUUCUUUGGCUAUGACAGUGCGAUUAUGAUGGAGAACAUGGGUCCGGACUUCCGAGGCACAGAGUCGUUUUUCUCCGUCUUUGCCAUCUUCUUCCCUGCAGCCACUGGCAUUCUGGCCGGCGCCAACAUCUCAGGAGAUCUUUCUGACCCACAACUGGCCAUUCCAAGAGGAACACUCUUAGCCAUUCUGAUCACUGGCAUUGUCUACCUGGGGGUUGCCAUUUCUACUGGCUCUUGCAUUGUGAGAGACGCCACAGGAAACGGCAAUGACACACUCAGCGCACAGUUCAUGGCCAACUGCACUGACGCCGCCUGCAAAUUUGGCUAUGACUUCUCCUACUGCAAGGGUGAUGGCGGUCAGUACAACUGCAGAUACGGACUCCAGAACGACUUCCAGGUCAUGAGCAUCGUGUCCGGGUUCAGCCCCAUCAUCACCGCCGGAAUCUUCUCCGCCACUCUGUCCUCUGCCCUGGCCUCUCUGGUCAGCGCCCCCAAAGUGUUCCAGGCUCUAUGCAAAGACAACAUCUACCCCGGCCUUGAGAUGUUUGCCAAGGGAUAUGGCAAGAACAACGAGCCCCUUCGCGGCUAUAUCCUCACCUUCUGCAUCGCUCUGGCCUUCAUCCUCAUUGCCCAGUUGAACGUUAUUGCUCCCAUCAUCUCCAACUUCUUCCUGGCCUCCUAUGCUCUCAUCAACUUCUCUGUAUUCCACGCCUCUCUGGCCAACUCUCCAGGGUGGCGCCCCAGCUUCAAGUUCUACAACAUGUGGGUGUCCCUGGCUGGAGCUGUGCUGUGCUGCGUGGUCAUGUUCGUCAUCAAUUGGUGGGCAGCCCUGAUGACCAACGUUAUUGUCAUGGGCCUCUACAUCUACGUGAGCUACAAGAAGCCCGAUGUGAACUGGGGCUCUUCGACCCAGGCUCUGACAUACCAUCAGGCCCUGACCCACAGUCUCCACCUCAGCAGUGUUGAGGACCACAUCAAGAACUUCAGACCCCAGUGCUUGGUGAUGACGGGAUACCCCAACUCCCGUCCGGCUCUGCUCCACCUGGUCCACGCCUUCACCAAGAACGUGGGCCUGAUGAUCUGCGGCCAUGUGCGCACGGGCUCCAGAAGACCCAACUUCAAAGAGCUGUCCAACGACCAGACGCGUUACCAGCGCUGGCUGCUGAAAAACGAGACCAAGGCUUUCUACACCCCUGUGUUUGCCGACGACAUGAGACAGGGCACCCAGUAUCUGUUACAGGCUGCCGGACUGGGUCGCCUGAGGCCCAACACUCUGGUGAUUGGCUACAAGAGUGACUGGAGGGACGGAGACAUGAUGAACGUGGAGACCUACAUCCACAUGAUUCACGAUGCCUUUGACUUCCAGUACGGUUCUGUGGUCUUCAGACUGAAGGAGGGACUAGACGUAUCCCACAUCUCAGAACAAGAUGACCUGCUGUCGUCACAGGAGAAGACGUCAGGAAUGAAGGAUGUGGUGGUGUCCAUCGACAUGAAGGACUCUGACGGAGACUCGUCCAAGCCUUUGUCCAAGGCCACCAGUGUCCAGAACAGCCCAGCCAUGCAGAAAGAUGACGAUGACGAAUGCAAAGCCGCAACGAAGCCCCUAUUGAAGAAAGACAAGAGCCCCCAGAGGUUGAACGUGGCCGACCAGAGGCUGCUGGACGCCAGUCAGCUGUUCAAGAGGAAACAGGGCAAGGGCACCGUGGACGUGUGGUGGCUCUUUGACGAUGGUGGCCUUACCCUGCUCAUCCCCUACCUGCUCACCAACAAGAAGAAGUGGAAGGACUGCAAGAUCCGCGUCUUCAUAGGAGGCAAGAUCAACAGGAUCGACCACGACCGCAGAGCGAUGGCCACCCUGCUCAGCAAGUUCAGGAUAGACUUCUCCGACAUCAACGUACUAGGAGACAUCAACACCAAGCCCAAGAAAGAGAAUGUUACUGCUUUUGAAGAGAUGAUCGAGCCGUACCGGCUGAAGGAGGACGACAUGGAGCAGGAUACGGCGGAGGCACAGAAGGCCAGCGAGCCCUGGAGGAUAACUGACAACGAGCUGGAGCUCUACAGGGCCAAGACUAAUCGUCAGAUCAGACUGAACGAACUGCUGAAGGAGCACUCAAGCACAGCUAACCUCAUUGUCAUGAGCAUGCCCUUGGCCAGAAAGGGAGCAGUGUCCAGUGCUCUCUACAUGUCCUGGCUGGAGACUCUGUCCAAGGAUCUGCCUCCCCUCCUCCUGGUGCGCGGAAACCACCAGAGCGUCCUCACCUUCUACUCAUAAACACACACAUGCUGCCUUUGGGACCUCCCAUCCCUACCCCUGCCCUAACUAAGACACGCACACAUAUUCUUCAAUGAAGGUAGAAAUAGUAGCAAUUGAUGAUAAUAUUAAUAAUGAUAAAGUAUAUGGUGUUGCUGUGGACAUCCAGCCUCUUACACUACAUGAUCAAAAGUAUGUGGACACCUGCUCGUCAAACAUCUCAUUCCAAAAUCAUGGACAUUAAAAUAGAGUUGGUCCCCCCCUUUGCUGCUAUAACAGCCUCCACUCUUCUGGGAAGACUUUAUACUAGAUGUUGGAACAUUGCUGUUUUAACAGCCUCCACUCUUCUGGGAAGGCUUUCCACUAGAUGUUGGAACAUUGCUGCUAUAACAGCCUCCACUCUUCUGGGAAGACUUUCCACUAGAUGUUGGAACAUUGCUGCUAUAACAGCCUCCACUCUUCUGGAAAGACUUUACACUAGAUGUUGGAACAUUGCUGUUUUAACAGCCUCCACUCUUCUGGGAAGACUUUCCACUAGAUGUUGGAACAUUGCUGCUAUAACAGCCUCCACUCUUCUGGAAAGACUUUACACUAGAUGUUGGAACAUUGCUGUUUUAACAGCCUCCACUCUUCUGGGAAGACUUUACACUAGAUGUUGGAACAUUGCUGCUAUAACAGCCUCCACUCUUCUGGGAAGGCUUUCCACUAGAUGUUGGAACAUUCCUGCGGGGACUUGCUUCCAUUCAGCCACGAGCAUUAGUGAGGUCGAGCACUGAUGUUGGGCGAUUAGGCCUGGCUUGCAGUCGGCAUUCCAAUUCAUCCCAAAUGUGUUUGAUGAGGUUGAGGUCAGAGCUCUUUGCAAGCCAGUCAAGUUCUUCUACUCCGAUCUCGACAAACCAUUUCUGUAUGGACCUCACUUUGUGUACAGGGGCAUUGUCAUGCUGAAACAGGAAAGGGCCUUCCCCAAACUGUUACCACAAAGUUGGAAGCACAGAAUGUCAUUUUAUGCUAUAGCAAUAAGAUGUCCCUUCACUGGAACUAAGGGGCCUAGCCCAAACCAUGAAACAGCCCCAGACCAUUAUUCCUCCUCUACCAAACUAACAGUUGGCAGGUAGCGUUCUCCUGGUAUCAGCCAAACCCAGAUUCGUCCGUCGGACUGCCAGAUGGUGAUUCAUCACUCCAGUUUCCACUGCUCUAGAGUCUGCUCGGCCAUGGAAAUCAAUUUCAUAAAGCUCCUGACGAACAGUUAUUUUGCUGACGUUGCUUCCAGAGGCAGUUUGGUACUCGAUACUGAAUGUUGCAACUGAGGACAUACGAUUUUUACGCACUUCAUCACUGUGGCCUACCACGUUGUUGCUCCUAGACGUUUCCAUUUCACAAUAACAGCACUUACAGUUGACGGGCAGAUCUAGCAGGGUAGACAUUUUACGAACUGAAUUGCUGGAAAGAUGUCAUCCAAUGACGGUCCCAUGUUGAAAGUCACUGAGCUCUUCAGUAAAGCCAUUCUAUUGCCAAUGUUUGACUAUGGAGAUUGCUUGGCUGUGCUCAAUUUUAUACACCUGUCAGCAAUGGGUGUGGCUGAAAUAGCCGAAUCCACUAAUUUUAAGGGGGUGUCCACAUACUUUUGAAUAUAAUGUAUGUGAAAAGGCAGUCAGUCAGUGAAGUCCCCACUACUCUUGAAACUGGAGACUGAAGAACACGUGGGAGAUUUCCUGAACCCCUGGCUAACACAUUCAACCUAACGCGAAAAGAAGUGCACAAUUUAAUUUACAAAGUUGAUUUCCACUCUGGCUUGAAAGGGCCUGUUCAUGCUUCGCACAAUUUUGUUAUUACUAUUAAUAUUGUUAUUAUUAUUCCGAUUCUUCUUGAUGUCAUGUUAAGUUAUAGAUCAUUUUAUAUUUUUUUCAAUGCAGCAAUAAUCGCCCUCUUAUAUUUCCUUUUCUUGUGUUGGGAGAGAGGCAUGUCAAAUGCUUUGCAACACUUUUUAUUGCCUUAUGUAUGUGCCUUCCAGUUGAAAUCAAUAAUUAAACUAUUAAUCGCUCUACCCAGAUUGAACGGUAUGAAAAAUGUAUAAUAGCUAUUUUUAUUAGGUUUUAAAUGUAAUCUUUGUUUUUAUUGAGGAUUUUUAUGGUAGUGGAUUGAUUGUAGGAGGUUAGCAGAGUCUCCACUUGAUGGCAUCAAAAGCUUUCUCUGGUGUUUAUUUUCCUCUUCCUCCAUCCCUAAAUUUUUCCUGUUUUUUUUAAUGGCCUCUGACUUUAUUGUCUAUCAGUUUGUUUGUCUUCCUUUAAGCUGUGUAAAUGAAACAGUUUAUAGUGCAGUACCCUCUACUUAAUACUAGAGGCAAUCUGCUUCAAUUCUGAAAGUUGAUUGGAUGAUGUCGAAGAAUUGUCUCUUAACAGAAAGCAUCCACGGGUCUAGAAUUUGAAGUUCUAGGGUUCUUAUUUCCACACUGUGUCAGAAAUGACUGCAGUUGGCUAGAAUUGGGCUUAGCUUCUGAUUAGCUUUGCCAUGCUAAAGAGCCAGUUGUCUCACAAUAGCUGCUAACACAAACAAGUGUUUCAACCAAAAACAAGUCUCCUUUGGACUCAAGUAGGUCCCCACAUUAAAGUCUGUCACCAUAUUGGAAUCUAUCGGCUGAAUCCUAACUUCAGAUGCUCCAAUUUUACUCAAACUUUUUUGCGGAAUUUGUGUAUCGAUGUCCAUAGGAGACUUGAAAGUGAGUUACUUAUGCAUAUCUCAAAUUAGGACACGGCCCCUCGGGUUCCCCACAUUGGAGUGACUCUAUGAAGGAACUGGUCUAGCCCUUACAACUGCGAAUUAGACUUUGCCUUAAUGCUAGAAGUAAUGAUUGUUGUCAUUGUCUUUCUCUUAUAAGCCAUACUGGCUGUAUGAUUGAACUAGUGGGUCAAUGCAGAUGUAGCUAUAGAGGAGUAUUGCAAAAAGAAGAAUGUACUGUCACUCUACUUUAUCCAGUAUUUUAAAAACAAUUCUGUAUAUGUAUGUACCAUUUUAUUGUUGUUUCCAUUUCAAGAAAGCCCCCCUUAGUCUGUUACAUGGAACAGUCUGGAAUUUGUGCUUUAGGUUCAACCAUUUAUAGAAAAGUGCCGUUUCGUGUCAGUCUUUUCUCCAGUAGUGGUGGCAUUAGCUCAUUCUGCCUCAGACAAUGGUACCUGGACAUAAUCUGGUGUAGACUGUUUUUACGUAUUCCACUAAACAGUGGACCGGAGUCCUUCAUGCCCACAUGUCUGACUGUUUGUCUGCUUGCCCUGAUGUACAUUGAACUAGUAGCCUCAAUUCUCCUCUGUUCAUUUCUGUUCAAUGCAGAAACGACUCCCACUCUGUCUGGUCUGUGAAGAUGAGUAGGCACUUUGCUGAGUAUCUUUCCUUGGCUGUUCUUUUUGGGUGUUCAAAAGAGGGGAAAUUGUUGAUAGAAGAUAUGGAUUAGCAUGUUUCAAGAGGGCACUGAUACAUACCUCUAAGCAGGUGAGCUACUGUAAUAAGGUAUUGGGAUAAAAUUCAUGGUUUAUUUGAAGGGUCCCUCAGUUCAUUUUUGGACCAUUUAGGCUGGCCCAUAUACCUACUGUCAGCACACUUUGCCAUUGUUCCGGGAGAAUUAAAGUUGUGGUGCGUACCAUGUGGGGCCUUUCUCGCAGGGGUGAAAUGUCCCAAAGCAAAGGGGCAUGUUAACUGUUUCUUUAACUUGUGAAUGAGGGUUUUAUAAUAACUGCCGAAAGCUACUGGAUCAAAACAGGGUUAUUUGCGUUUAUAAUGUACAGUAUUGCCCACGCCUUACCCAACACGCUGUCUAUAGGUCAUAGCAUUUAAGGCCAACCAUGUCAUUGCCCCUCUCUUCCCUAGUUCUUAUCCUUUAUGCAAUUUUUAAAAAUCUGAUAAACACUAAACAGAGAGUUACUUUUAUUUUUUACUUCUACAGUGCCGAGUUCAAUGUUUUUGCUAAAAGCUACAUCCUUUUAGAUUUCAGUCCCACAUGGAAAUCCAAGUGCAGUGUGCUUUGUAUUUCAGGCUCAAUCAACUAUUCCCACCCACACGACUGCAUCUCACCGUUCCGUGUCCUUUAUCUAGAGAAUGACUACGCCAUGUGAUUGUGAACGAAUAUAUACACAUAUAGUGUAAAUAUACUCAUGUAUAAAAAAAAAAUCUUUGAAAUAUGUAUAAAGCAUGUAAAACCUUUUUUUAAAUGGGUGGAGGAUUGUAAAGCUUUUUAGAACCCAGAUGGUACAAUCUUAAUUACCAAAUCUGUUCUGUGUAUCAGUGAGUAAACCACUCAACCCUCAGUUACUAUACAAAGCAACAAUGUUACAAACAAAACACGGGUUACUCUACAUUUAUAUUUAAAUAUAUAAAUAACACAAUGUGUGUCAAUACAAGCGGGCGGGGAUUUUUGUCAUGAGUGUGUUCUUUUUUUCCAUCUAUGUAUAGGUGUGAGGAGAGGAAUACUAUAACGUCCUCAAAACGUCAUUAUUUAGCCGAAACCUGUCACUACUGUGCUCUGUCCAAGAGACCAAAACAUGUUGCCUGUAACUUGUGGCCUAGCCAUGUUGAGACGUCGUCCUCCUCUGUAUUUGUAUUGAUAUGCCGUACUGUUAACUGUCACAGAUAUGCUUUUUUCAAACAUUUUAACAUACUUUGUACAUGUUUAUUGCAUUAAAUCAAAUGAAAUCAAUCAUCA